GCAGCGGGGUCCGGAGGCCGGCGGGCGCGGGGGCCAGGGCGCACGGCCAGCCAGCCCCGGUCGCCGGCGUCGGGCGCCGCAGAGCCGGGAGGGGCGCCGCGCCCGCCGCAGCCUGCAGCCUUCCCGGGGUCCGGGGGCGCCCAUGACGGCGGCGGCGACGGUGCUGCGCGAGGGCGUGCUGGAGAAGCGCAGCGGCGGGCUGCUGCAGCUGUGGAAGCGGAAGCGCUGCGUGCUCACCGAGCGCGGGCUGCAGCUCUUCGAGCCCAAGGGCGCGGGCGGCCGGCCCAAGGAGCUCAGCUUCGCGCGCAUCAAGGCCGUGGAGUGCGUGGAGAGCACCGGGCGCCACAUCUACUUCACGCUGGUGACCGAGGGUGGCGGCGAGAUCGACUUCCGCUGCCCCCUCGAGGAUCCUGGCUGGAACGCCCAGAUCACCCUGGGCCUGGUCAAGUUCAAGAACCAGCAGGCCAUCCAGACCGUGCGCGCUCGGCAGAGCCUCGGGGCCGGGACCCUCGUGUCCUGAACGGCCCGGCUUGCCAUCUGCCUACGUGCGCCCCACCGACGCGGCGAGCAGAGGUCAUGUCAGCUUCCCUGCUCUUUGGGCUCUGCGGGGCGCGACUGUGCUGCCCGGGGCAAGGCUGAGCCGUGGAUGUGUGGAGGAGGCGCUGGAGCUGAAGGAAUGGAUGGGCCCAGGAGGAGGGCAGCAGGCCACACGGGGCUGAGGAUGAAGUUUCAGCCCCUGAACGCUCUGAGACUCGAAGGACAUGCGUGACUCAUACAUCAGGAUGCACAGCCGGCAGCGCAGCCCCUGCCCCAGGGCCCUGCCAUCUGCUUUGCAGACUGCUUUUAGUCCUCGCUCGGUGCCAUGCCUGGAGGAGGGUGGUCCCCCCGGGGUGCCAAGCCACCGCCUCGGGACUCGGGAGGCCAGCCUGGUAGCCAGAGGAGGAACUGCCUUGGCGUUGCCUCUGGACUCACUUUGCGGGGGGUGGGGUGGGGGGUGGCUGAUGGGCCUGUGGCCCACCUUUCGGGGGGGUCUCCUGCUGCUUAGGUCCUUUUGGGACCCCCACCCAUCCAGGCCCUCUCUUUGCACACUGCUUCCCUCCUGCCCGUCUUCGGCCCACUGCGGUGCUAGGCCUGGAGUGGGUGGGGGUGGGGUGGGGGUUUGGCCAUUAGCAUUUCAUGCCCAUCCCCAAAUGAAGAUGCCCUGCCCAGGGCAGUGAUCACACUGUUUGCUUAGUAAAAUUCUUUGCCCACAAAGACUCUGUGCCUUGAGCAUCUCUCCCCACCCCCACUUUCCCAAUCAACCCACAGCCCAUUCUGAAAUCUCCAGCCUGGGUGGGGGAGACACUGCCACUCCCACAGACAUGGCUCCGUGGUCCUCGGAAGAGGGACCAUAAGGCCUGGACUGCAGGACGUUACCGCAGCCGACUCGGCCUCCACAGAUGUCUGUUCUCCAGGAGGAUGCCUGACCCUGCUAUCCAUGGAGGCGGCUCUGCUGUCCCCCUGUCGUUUAUGCACUCUGGCUCUCUGCAUGAACACAGUAAAUCUUCCCUUACUGGAUGGCUUGCAAGGAAUAAUUCCGGCAUGGAGGAAACCGGUGCAGAGAAACAGCUGCCAUGAGUCCUACAGAAACGAUAAGUCGGUAACACCCAAGGCCUCUCGUGUCCGCCUAGGCCUGGCCUUCCCUGUGGCAGAGCAGUGGCCUGCUUCCAAGUCUAGAAGGAGCAAGGAGGCCAAGUGGCCCCUUCGGCUAUUUGAAGUCUCUUUAGUAACCGCUUUGUGUUUGGUUCCCCGUUGAAUUUCUCCUGCUGUGCAAUCCAGACCUCUCUCCUGUCGCAGUGCUCAGAGCUCUCAGGAGCAUCUCGCUUGUCUGACAUAUAAACCGCAUCUCGCCACUGAAUAAGAAUUUACGAAUGAC